AUAUCGGUGGUGCGAAUAACGAAGCCCAAUUCCGAGCGCGUGCUGACUACAAUGACAAUCCGCGUGUGAAGUUUCGCCAGUCGUCGACUGUUGGAUAACGAAAGAGAGAGUUGUGGAUGACACUGGAUUCUUGUUGUGAAUCAAAAUAAGCGACUCAGUUCCAGUGAACCAAAAAACCAAAAACAAAAAGCAAAUCACUCUUCUCCAUUCCAAUCGACUGUAUGUUCAUCUCUUCCUUGAUUAAUUUCUCUCUUAAUUGAUUCUUUUGUUUAUUCAGAUGUGUUAUUUCAAGGUUAUUUCUUUUAUAUAUUAUUAGCGUUAGUUCCAGUUGUAAAUAUUUCAAUUAUGGCUGCCCUGCUUAAUUCACUCUCUAACAUUACAAACCCAUCUCCAGAACCCAAAAGGACAUGUGGGUUUUAUUCACACAUUCCAAAUCUUCCUUCUUUUUCACUCAAUAAAGGUUUUAAAAGAGUUUUAGCAUCAUCCCAGGUCACCAUUUCCCCAAAAGACUCUGUUUACACUGUACCCAAUUGGAAGUAUGGUAAAAAUGACUCUAGAACUAGGGAUCAUAAGCUUAACGAUGCAUUCUUGCAUUUGGAGAAAAUUGUGAUGAAGGGUCACAAGCCUGAUGUAGGUCAAGCCACUAAGCUUUUGUAUGAUUUAUGUAAGGCUAAUAAAAUGAAAAAGGCAAUUAAAGUUAUGGAAAUUAUGGUUAGCUCAGGGAUUAUUCCUGAUGCAUCUUCUUAUACUUAUUUGGUGAAUUGUUUGUGUAAGAGAGGGAAUGUUGGUUAUGCAAUGCAAUUAGUUGAUAAAAUGGAGGAGUAUGGGUAUCCGACCAAUACAGUUACUUAUAAUUCACUUGUUAGAGGGCUUUGUAUGCAUGGUAAUUUGAAUCAGAGUUUGCAGCUCUUGGAUAAGUUGAUACAGAAGGGGUUAGUUCCGAAUGCAUUCACUUAUUCAUUCUUGCUUGAAGCCGCGUAUAAGGAAAGGGGUGUGGAUGAGGCAAUGAAGUUAUUGGAUGAGAUAAUUGUUAAGGGUGGGAAGCCUAACCUGGUUAGUUACAAUGUAUUGUUGACUGGCUUGUGCAAGGAAGGUAGGACUGAAGAGGCAAUUCAAUACUUUAGGAAUUUGCCUUUGAAAGGGUUUUGUCCGAAUGUUGUGAGUUAUAAUAUUUUGCUGAGGAGUUUGUGCCAUGAAGGACGGUGGGAGGAGGCAAAUGAGCUCUUGGCUGAGAUGGAUGGUGAGGAUCGUGUCCCAUCAAUUGUUACUUAUAACAUACUAAUAAGUUCCCUUUCAAUCCAUGGUAAAGCUGAUCAAGCUCUAAAGGUUUUGGAUGAAAUGAUUAAGGCUCGUUUUAAGCUCACUGCUGCAAGCUACAAUCCGAUUAUUGGUUGUCUUUGCAGAGAGGGAAAGGUAGAUCUUGUGGUCAAGUGUUUGGACCAAAUGAUUUAUCGGCGAUGUAAACCAAACGAGGGAACAUAUAGUGCUAUUGCAAUGCUCUGUGGGGGUGAGAAGGUGCAAGAAGCAUUCUCCAUCAUUCAAAGCCUGGGGAAUAAACAAAAUUUUUCCACGCAUGAGUAUUUCAAAAAUGUGAUUGCAAGUUUGUGUAGAAAAGGGAACACAUACCAUGCAUUUCAGCUUUUAUAUGAAAUGACAAAGUAUGGGUUUACACCUGACUCUUAUACAUAUUCAUCCUUGAUCAGAGGGUUAUGUAUGGAGGGAAUGCUUCAGGAGGCCUUAGAGAUAUUCAUGGUAAUGGAAGAAUAUGACUAUAAGCCUGAAGUAGAUAACUUCAAUGCACUUAUACUUGGAUUAUGCAAAUCAAAGAGAACUGACUUGUCUCUUGAAGUUUUUGAAAUGAUGAUUGAGAAAGGUCACAUGCCUAAUGAAACGACUUAUACCAUUCUCAUAGAAGGAAUUGCCCAUGAAGGAGAGGUUGAGCUCUCAGCUCAAGUUUUGAAAGAGUUGCAUUUGAGACAUGUUGUGAGUCAGACUACUGUCGAAAGACUCGUUAUGCAAUACGACCUUGAGGGUUUGCAAUCAUAAGUAUUUGAAGACAAAGGAAAAGUGGAUUAUAAGAGGAUCAUGAGCUGGUGAUUUAAUGCCAGCACCUCAUGGAGGAAACUGAUCAUGACUGGUAAAGUUUGAGAUAGGCAUUUAAUCAUGAAUUCUAUGGACUAAUAAUUAAAACAAGCACUACAUAAAAAAUAUAUAUUUAUAUUUUUUAAAGUUAGGGAACAAAUAGUCGAAGCAAAGGGAUUCUAGGCAUUGCGUUAUUCUUCCAGUUGCUUAUUAUAUUGUUUGGUGAAUUGGAGCCGCUAUUCUCAGUGUGUAGAGAAGUUGUAUCUUUCAGUUUAGAUAAUACAAGUUUAUUCUAUUGACUA